CCUCCUGGCUACACCAGUUCCCCUGCUUGUACUCUACACAGUGCAGUAGGGAAGUCUUGCCAGUAGGAAUACUGGGACAUAGGCUGACUUUUUAUUUCUCUCAUUGAGUCAUGGUUCCUUCUGGGCUUCAUGUUUGGAGAUGGAUACUAUUUGCCUGCUUUCACUGGCUUUGUUUCUGUCAAGAAACUCCAAGACCGUUUUACAUGGUAGCCAUUCCUGCAGUGAUCCAGGCAGGCUCAGAGGCCAAGCUUUGUGCCAGUCUUCUGCAGCCCAACGAGACCCUGGUCAUGACCAUAUCUCUGAUUGUUGAUGAGCAGAGCAAAAUUCUUCUCCAAGAGAGUUCUGACCAAGAGUUUCACCGCUGCUUCCAGUUUCAGGCCCCUCAGGUGGAGAGUGACCAAGUGCAAAACUUUAAGGUGGAGGUUCGAGGUGAAACGUUUCUAUCGACAGAGGAGAGAAAGGUCAUGAUCAAACCCUACAGUCCGAUGACAUUCAUCCAAACGAAUAAACCAAUCUACAAUCCAGGACAAACAGUGCAGUUUAGAGUGAUCACCUUGGAUACCAAUUUUAGCCCUGUCAAUCAGCUGUACAAUGUUGUGGAACUUGAGGAUAUUCGUCAGAACAGGAUUGGACAGUGGGUCAAUACAUCAUCUAGCGGCAACAUUCUGCAGCUUUCACACCCCCUGAACUCUGAAGCACCCGUAGGAUUAUAUGCUAUUGUAGUGUGGAUUGGUGAUAACAAAAUAUACCAUAACUUCAAGGUAGAAAAAUAUGUUUUGCCAAAGUUUGAGAUCAAAAUGAACUUCACCGAUGAGAUCAGCAUUGUUCAAGAGGAGUAUAAAUUAGAAGUGUGUGCAACAUACACGUAUGGACAGCCUGUACCUGGAAAAGCAGACUUAGAGUUGUGCCGACCUUUAAGGAACGAUGUAUUCAUAUCAAUGAGAAUUGAUGAGGAAACUCAUCGAGUAGUUCCUGAUUAUACAGCCCCCUGCCACAAAGAGUCAAUAGAGAUGGACCAAACUGGCUGUGCUUCUCAUGUCUUCAACAUGUCCAUUUUCACAAAGAAUGGUGGAGAGAAAAUGCUCAUAGACAGGUUUAGUUUUAAUGCAAAAGUAGAGGAGGAGGGGACAGGUAUUACACGGUCAGAGGAAAAACACAUAGCGGUCUCCUAUGUGAUUGGAAAACUCACGUUUGUCGACACACCCAAAAUCUAUGAGCAUGGAUCAAUUAUCGAGGGCAAGAUAAACGUUGUUCACUUCAACAACACACCUAUCUCUGACAUGUUAGUCUACCUGUUGGAGAAGAAAGGCUGGUCCUCACAUCAUCUCCAGAACCUAACCACGGACAGUCAUGGUAUUGCCAGUUUCUCCCUCAACACAACCACUAUGCCCAAAGAGGAUAUUAACCUCAUAGUUAGCAACACACCAGAAGCAGAGAACACUAGAUACAGGGUCCCCUAUUUCAACAGGGGGCACCACGUACUCUCACUGAUCCAGCCCACUGCCCCUCACAGUAAAACAUCCAGCUCUCUGGCUAUUCAGAAGACGGAGAAACCACUGGCAUGUGGGGAGGAAGUGUCAAUCACCAUCCAGUAUGCUAUCGUAGGGGAGACCGUCCCAAAGGGCUCCGUGGAUGUCAUCUACCUGGCCUUAUCCAGAGGGGCGAUACUUCAGCAUGGACAUAUGAAGGUUACUGUACAGCAGGGGAGUCCUGGUGAGGAUGAUUUAUUAAUAACUGAGGGUGAAGUCACCUUGAAGUUGGCCGUGGUUCCAGAGAUGACGCCGUUGGUACAGGUCCUGGUGUACAGUAUGCUACCCAGCGAGGCUAUAAUCGCCCACAGCAUGAACUUCCCCACUGAGAAAUGCUUCAGACACAAGGUGUUUGUGGAGUUCUCACCCUCAAAAGCAGUCCCAGGGGAGGAGACCACCCUGCAGCUCUCGGCCCAGCCCGGCUCCCUCUGUGGCCUCAGUGCUGUGGACAAGAGUGUUCACAUCAUGGAACCAGGGAAGAGGCUGGAUGCUAACAAGAUAUUUGAUUUGUUACCAGUCAAGGAGACAACACACAUUCCCUACGAGCUUGAAGAUCCAGUGUCAUGUUUACGUGUAAGACCAAGGAGAUAUGUAAUACCAUACCCAGAUGGACCAACUGACAGAAAAAAUGAACCUUUUGAAGUUUUUCAGAACCUAGGACUGAAGCUGGCAACUAACUUGGUUAUAAGAGUACCUUCCUGCCUAAGUUACAAGGGGAAUGAGUACCAUCACUCCUAUGAAGUAUCCUACAGACAGUACUCCGAUCCUAUAGCCAUGUACAGCCUUGUGGAUCAAGUUGGACUUGGUGGAGUACCCGGUGAUGGAUUUAGUGCCGCUCCAGCUCCACCACCCAUACAGACAGUCCGUACGUUCUUCCCCGAGACAUGGAUAUGGGAUCUUAUGGAAGUUGGGGAAUCUGGAACACUAGACAUUCCCCUUACAGUCCCAGACACUAUCACCACCUGGGAGACAGAGGCAUUCUGCCUGGCCCCUGACGGCUUCGGUCUGGCUCCUCCUGUGGAGAUCACUGUCUUCCAGCCUUUCUUCCUAGAGCUCACCCUGCCCUACUCCAUCAUCCGUGGAGAGCAUUUUGAGCUGAAGGCCACUGUGUUCAACUACCUGUCCAAAUGCAUCAUGGUUUCUGUGACUCCGGCUCCUUCCUUAGACUACACUCUCACACCCCUGAAUGAUGUCCAGUAUUCAUCAUGCUUGUGUGCCAAUGGACGAAAGACCUUCAGUUGGACAAUGGCACCCUCUGUACUGGGGGAUUUGAAUGUGUCCGUUAGUGCAGAGGCUGUCCAGUCCCACACUGCAUGUGACAAUGAGAUUGUGAACGUACCAGAGAGAGGACGUAUCGACACAGUUACAAAGAGCCUGCUAGUGAAGGCAGAGGGAACAGAGAAGACCGACACCUACAACUGGUUGCUGUGUCCAACUGGAGAAACUCUGACAGAGAAGGUGGAACUGCAACUCCCCAAGAAUGUGGUAGAUGGUUCUGAUCGAAUUUCUCUCUCAGUCCUGGGGGACAUCCUGGGUCGGGCCCUCAAGAACCUGGAUGGACUGCUGCAGAUGCCGUAUGGGUGUGGAGAGCAGAAUAUGGCCCUCCUCGCCCCCAAUAUCUACAUACUCGAGUACCUGAGGAACACAGAGCAGCUCACUCCAGCAAUUCGAGACAAGGCUAACAAGUUCCUCACUAGUGGUUACCAAAGGCAGCUGAACUACAAGCAUUUUGAUGGUGCAUACAGCACAUUUGGACAAGGCUCGGGGAAUACUUGGCUGACUGCUUUUGUCUUGAGAUCCUUUGGCAAAGCACAGUCUUUCAUUUAUAUUGACCCGGCGCAAAUGACAGAUUCCACGAGUUGGUUGGAAAGUCAGCAAGGCAAACAUGGGUGUUUUGUCAGAUUGGGGAAACUCUUUAAUAACAGAAUGAAGGGUGGGGUGACGGAUGAAGUCACACUGACGGCCUACAUCACUGCUUCAAUGCUGGAGCUCAACAUGUCAGUGUCGGAUCCUGUUUUGUACGGCAGUUUGUCUUGCCUGAAGAACUCCACCAGUGAUUUGUCCAACACCUACACUACUGCUCUGCUGGCCUACACCUUUACCCUGGCAGGGGACAUGGAGACCCGGGCCCAGCUUCUGCAGCACCUGGACACGGUCGCAAUACGAGAGAGGGGUCUCCUGCACUGGACUCAGACCUCCUCAGAGACCUCAGCCUCCCUGGCAGUGGAGAUCAGCUCCUACGUUCUGCUGGCUUCCCUCAGUGCCUCCCCUCUGUCUACCACUGACCUGGGCUAUGCCUCCCACAUCGUCAGGUGGCUGGUGAGGCAGCAGAACGCCUACGGAGGCUUCUCUUCCACACAGGACACAGUGGUAGCCCUCCAGGCCCUGGCUCUCUACUCCACCAGGGUGUUCAGUAGAGAGGGCACCAGCACAGUGACAGUACAGUCUCCCAGUGGGGGACAGCACCUCUUCAAUGUGAACCAAAACAACAAGCUUCUCUACCAGGAGAGUGCGCUGCAGGACACAGAAGGGAAGUACACGGUGGAAGUGAAGGGCAGUGCUUGUGCAUCAGUGCAGGUGGCGCUCCACUACAACAUCCCUACUCCUACUGACAGCACAACGCUCAGCAUCCAGGUGAAGACAGAGGUGGACUGCAACAGCAACUCUUUAAGACCCAGAGUCACGCUGAACCUCGAGUCUCAAUAUUCUGGAAAGGAGCUGACCACCAAUAUGAUUAUUGUGGAUUUGAAAAUGCUGUCUGGAUUUGCUCCAGACCCAGACUCUUUGGAGAGGCUGAGGAGGUCAUUUCUAGUGGAUCGUGUUGAUACUGAAGAUGACCAUGUGUUAAUGUACUUGACAGAGUUACCAUCACUAUUGCCUUUGAAACACACCCUGGACAUCAUACGGGAGCUCCCAGUACAAAAUCUAAAGCCAGCGGUGGUCAAGAUCUACGACUACUACCAGCCGAGUGACCAGGCAGAGACAGAAUAUGUCUUCCCCUGCAAGUAGAGGUUACAAACUGGUGUCCUAUUUGAAAUCUAGAAUGAUUGGUGAUGUUGAAUUAGUCAUUUUAUUUAGCUGGCCUGACCCUUAUACUAUAUGUAAUAUUCCUUUAUUAAUUGACCUAAAUGCUGGCUAUUGUUGUUAGAGAAUUCUUUACAUUCAUUGUAUAUGCCGCUUUGAAGAUGUAAGAAGAAAAUGACAUUAACAGAGGUCACACAUGCAACCCUUGAGGCAUCUUUCAAGCUCUAAAGUAAAGGAUGUAAAAUUACUGGAAUUAAAGUUUUUAAUGAAAUCCC